AUGGUUCUAUGCUUCGACUUUAACUUCGAUCGGGCAGUUGUGGCCAGCGUGGCGACAUGUCUGCUCAGUUCGAUGUCGCUCUAUCUCUCAGCUGCAGGCGAUCAAUCGCACUAUGCUCAAGACGCCUUGGCAACGAGUGCAUGGGUGCUGCCCCUGACAGUUGACUUGCCGAUGGUCGUCUUUUUAAUGUUUUUCUUCUUUGGCCACGUGGUGGCCAAGGACCUGCCUGCCUCUACAGUCUGGCUAGACAAGGCCUGCAUUAACCAGGUAGAACUUGAUGAAAAGCAGCUAGCCAUAGCAGCCCUACCCGACUUUCUGAAGCAAUCCUCCCGCGUGCUGGUGCUUUGGGACGAGACCUACUUUUCUCGACUGUGGUGCAACUUAGAAAUGGCAACUUUUGCGAAGAGCCAUUCCAAUCCUGGCGGAAUACGAAUAUUGAGCAGCUGGGUGGCUGUGUGGCUUCUGUGCAGCUUGCUGUCCGCGUGGUUUGGUGUUCGCUUCGCAUGGCCUUGGUACAUGACGAUCAAAGACACUGUUGAGCAAAGCUCCGUGGUGAGCUCCAUGUUGACUACAAGGACAGCUUUCGACUUCAUAGCAAAUGCCAUCGUGGGAUGUAUUCCCAUCUUUGUUUGCCAGAUGCCCGAGAACACUGUGGCCGCCUUUGCUUUCACUUACAAGGUCAGGCAGAACGGCAUCAUGCUGGAGCACUUUGCCAACUUCGAUGUGCGAGCCGCGCAGUGUACUCUGUCUAGCGAUCGGCCGGCCCUCUAUGACCAGAUCGCCCGCUUGUUUGAUGGCAUAGACGAAGCGCCCAUCAGCAUUGAGUUUGGGGCUUCCGAAAGCUUUGGCGAACCUUUGAGGAUGUUGGACACCCGCGAGCCGAGCGACCACGUGGAGCUCCUGCGGAGCUCAGGGCUGCGUGGGAUUACCAGCUACCCCAGCCAAGAUGAGUGUUUGGUCAUGUUCAACGAAUACGUCAGAACGGAGCUUCGCAGCCAGAUCGUCGCUGAUUUGGGGCCCACACAGCUCCGAUGGAACCUGGCCCUACUGUCCUUCCUGCCGCACCUAUUCUGGAGCGUUGAAUUUGAAUACCUCCAGUGUGAGCAAGCUGGUUGUGCAGUGCUUCCAAAGCUGUACGGCCUCGGCUCUCUCACGAAGUAUUGGCUCUUGAUGACGAUAUUGCUUUCGUACAUCUGGGGCGUUCUGCUGCCACUGUCCUGCCCGGCAAGCUUUUGGCUAGUCAAUGCCAUUAGCCCCCACGAAGGUGGCCCCUUCAGAUGGCUACUGACCCUCCUGAUCGGCCCUUUCGUUAGCUUGUGCUCCGCUUUGGCCCAGGCACUUUUCUGGGCGGCUGCAUCUGAAUUGCUGGUGAAGGGAUGCUGUACCCUGCCUCUUCUGGUCUUGCUGUUGCUGUUUUCGGUCUCUGCCCUGCUCUGGAAAGCUGCCUUCCUCGAUGCUAACUGGACGCGCAAGCUGUCCACCCGUGCUUGCAUGCGCUGCACUCCGUGA